GAGCAAGCAAGCGCAUUUAGUUCUAUAAAUGGCAAGGCGUUUUGGUGUACUCCGCCAAGAAAGGGAUCUACGUUUAUUUUGACUCUUUUUUUCUGGUUGUUUCAGAAACGCUUUUUUUCUCUAUUUCUUUUUCUUUUUUAGUUUUUCUUUUUUAAAAAAAAUAUAUAUAUUUAACAAAAUGCAGGUGGCAGCUACAAAUUAUGCUAAAGGAAAAGUACUUGGUAAAGUAGGCGAUCACCUUCACAAGAACCAAAGGAAUUAUGAGACGGAUCAAGAGAUUAUUGCGGCUACUCAAGAAGCAGCGGCCAAACAAACGCAUCACUGGUGGAAAAAAGAUAAAGUAUUUACUCCUGACAUGUUAUUGAGUAAACACGACCGAAAGAUUCUCCUCAAGGUCAAGAACCGCGCUUGGUAUCUGGAUCAAGGCUUCCAUUGUUGUUGUUUUAAUGUUGGGUUGGAUGGCCUGGUGGGUUUAAUACCCGGUAUCGGCGAUGUGAUUGGAACAGCCUUUUCUGUAGAAUUAAUCAGGACAGCUGCAAAAGCAAACUUACCCAAAGAACUGCUUGCUAAAAUGAUGGUGAAUGUCUUGUUUGAUUUCAUGAUUGGAUUGACACCCGUUGCUGGUGAUAUUCUUGAUAUAUUAUUCAAGUGUAAUAUGCGUAACGCUGCACUGUUGGAGGAAUAUUUAAUUUUGCGAAGACGAGACGAGAUUCGGUUGGAAAAAGGUGAACCCGCUGCUCAUGCUCUGAUGGAUGGCCCACGUCAUGGUGACACAAGUACAUCAUCGACAACACCAGUUCCGACCCACGUUGUCAACCAUACUGACCCUCCGACUAUUACUGAACUAGAUGCAGAGGGACAACCGGUAAAGGACGAUGAUAAAAAGAAGUAUGGUACAUUCUUUGGCAAAUGGAAGUCGUAGUUUAUUCACAAGUUUUUUUUUUAAUUCACCGCUAUGCACAAACAUUUUUUUUUUUUUUUUUUUUGACCACAAUAAAAACACAACUUUAUAUUUUUGGUAUAAAUAAUGUCAAUAGAUCCACAACCCAUUACCUUUCAGCAUCAUGUGUUUGACUUUUCAUUUCAUCCUAGUCGGAAUCUAGUUGCAGUAGGAUUAAUCAAUGGACAAGUGGAAUGUCAUGAGUAUUCAGAAGAGACUAAUACAUUAGCCUGGACAACACAGGCCUCGAAAAAGUCUUGCCGAGGGG